GAAUGAGAAUGCAGUCACCAACAGACAACCCUCGCCUCAAUUCUUCCUUUCUUUCUUUAAAGAUCACCACGUCCUCCCUAGGAAUUUCCUCCUUUCAAUCUCCAUAUCAUUUCUAGGACCAGAGUCGAUAAUCAAUUCGCUAUGGACGCUAUCAAACAGACUUUCAGGCGCUGCAAGGAGCAGAACAGGUCUGCGCUGGUAACAUAUGUCACUGCUGGUUACCCCAAGCCCGAGGACACACCCAACAUCCUCCUGGCUCUCGAGAAGGGUGGCGCCGACGUUAUCGAAGUCGGUGCGCCGUUCACCGACCCAAUUGCCGAUGGUCCUACGAUCCAAACUGCCAACACGAUCGCUCUCGAGAAUGGCGUCACAAUCGAGUCCACGCUGGCGAUGGUGAAGGAGGCCCGAUCUCGCGGUCUCAAGGCCCCCGUUAUGCUUAUGGGAUACUACAACCCUCUUCUAAGCUACGGUGAGGAGAAGCUGCUCCAGGACUGCCACUCCUCCGGUAUCAAUGGCUUCAUCGUCGUCGACUUGCCUCCCGAGGAGGCUAUUUCCUUCCGAAAGCUCUGCAACAAGGGCCGUCUCUCAUAUGUUCCUCUUAUCGCUCCCGCUACAUCAGAUACCCGAAUGAAGAUUCUCUGCCAGCUCGCCGAUUCAUUCAUCUACGUCGUUUCCCGCAUGGGCGUCACUGGCGCUACCGGCACUCUUAACGCGAACCUUCCCGAUCUUCUGGAGCGAGUGAAGAAGUACAGCGGCAACAAGCCCGCCGCUGUCGGUUUCGGUGUCAGCACUCGAGAGCACUUCCUAAGUGUCGCUACUUUGUCAGACGGUGUCGUCGUCGGCAGUCAGAUCAUCACCACCAUCAAGAACGCCGCUCCCGGCCAGGCUCUUGCCGAUGUCGAGAAGUACUGUGCCUACCUAUCAGGUCGCGAUUCCGAUGAGAACACAAGAGAGGUCGGACUUGUUGAGGCUGUUGCUGGUGCUAAGGAGCCCAGCGGCGAGAACGUUACCGUCAGUGGUACUGUCACAGAUGCCGAUAUCACUGCCGAGGAGGACAGCGCCCUGGUUGCUCAGCUCGCUGCUCUUCACGGCAAGAUCCCCGAGCGAUUUGGCGAGUUCGGUGGUCAGUACGUUCCUGAGAGUCUGAUGGACUGCCUGUCACAACUGGAGGAUGGAUUCAAUGCGAUCAAGGACGACCCUUCUUUCUGGGAGGAGUACCGAUCUUACUACGAGUACAUGGGGCGACCCGGCCACUUGCACUUGGCUGAGCGACUCACUGAGCACGCUGGUGGUGCCAACAUCUGGCUCAAGCGUGAGGAUCUGAACCACACUGGUAGUCACAAGAUCAACAACGCUCUGGGACAGCUUCUCCUUGCUCGAAGACUCGGAAAGAAACGCAUUAUCGCUGAGACUGGUGCUGGUCAGCACGGUGUUGCUACCGCUACCGUUUGUGCCAAGUUUGGUAUGGAGUGCACAGUUUACAUGGGAGCUGAGGACGUCCGACGACAGGCCCUCAACGUAUUCCGUAUGCGACUUCUCGGCGCCAAGGUUGUUGCUGUCGAAGCUGGCAGCAAGACUCUUCGAGACGCUGUCAACGAGGCCCUCCGCGCUUGGGUCGUUGACUUGGAUACUACCCACUACAUCAUCGGUUCUGCCAUCGGACCUCACCCCUUCCCUACCAUUGUCCGAACCUUCCAGUCAGUGAUCGGUAACGAGACCAAGCAACAAAUGCUCGAGAAGCGAGGCAAGCUUCCCGAUGCUGUUGUGGCUUGUGUUGGUGGUGGCAGUAACGCUGUCGGCAUGUUCUAUCCCUUCGAGAAUGAGCCUACUGUCAAGCUUCUGGGUGUUGAGGCAGGUGGUGACGGUGUUGAUACCGCCAGACAUAGUGCUACUCUCACUGGUGGUUCCAAGGGUGUCUUACAUGGUGUGAGGACAUAUGUUCUCCAGGACAAGCAUGGUCAAAUCACCGAGACACAUUCCGUUUCCGCUGGUCUUGAUUACCCCGGUGUCGGACCUGAGCUGAGCUCUUGGAAGGACAACGAGCGAGCCAAGUUCGUUGCUGCCACUGAUGCUGAGGCAUUCCUUGGCUUUAAACUCAUGAGUCAGCUCGAGGGUAUCAUUCCUGCUCUUGAGACUGCUCACGGUAUCUUUGGUGCCAUUGAGCUUGCCAAGACAAUGAAGAAGGGUGAGGAUAUUGUCAUCUGCCUGAGUGGCCGUGGUGACAAGGACGUGCAGAGCGUCGCUGAUGAGCUGCCCAAGUUGGGCCCCAAGAUUGGUUGGGAUCUCCGUUUCUAGAUUAAAAGUGAUACCAUGUUUGGAUUAUGUAGCAACCAUUGAAAUGACAGUAUGAACAAAAAAGUCUUUUCUAUCGUGGCUCUGGCGGGUUGGCGAUACAAUGGUUGGAAGGCGUUGAAAAUGGGGGGUUUUGGUACAUAUUAUACAUAAGACAUUUUACACCGUAAUCUUUUGCUCGCCUUGUGUCUUUCUGGCUUCCAUCUCUGCAUCGAGCUCCUUGAAUAACAGGGCCUCGUCCUCAUCUGACAGCUCUUGAAUGCCCUCCAAAUCAGCCAAAUCCUCGUCACCCAACACAAACUCCUGCGCCAGAAGUUCGCCCAGCGUCGCUUGACUACGCUUGCUUAGGGGCCCCGGAGUAGCGAAAUCGAGCGCAUACUGAAUAAUAUCAUCCCGGUCCUCAAUCUCCUUGGGCGGCAUACCCAGAGCAACACGCUCCUCGUUAAACCGCUUCUGAAUAUCCUUGGACUGCAUGAGCAGCCACCUCAAGUUCCAGCCACCGGGGCCAAGCUCCUUUAUCCUGGCGGGCUUGCUCUUGAGAAGAUAUUCCUGGAGACCACCCUCUCGGCGGAUGGUCUUGAGAACUCGGAGUGUGAGGCGGGUCUUGACGUUGGCUUGUAUUGCGGGUAGCCUGAAGACCUUGACGUGAACGUUUGGACGCCAGAAUCGACGGGCCUUGUUGUUGUACUUUUCCGCAACAGUGUUACCGAAACGAAUUCUCGCUGAGCCGUAUAGACCCUUGUUGGACUGCUUGUAGACUCUUCGCUCGCCAUAGGGGUAUGGGGGGAUCAGACGGUUGGGCAGAAGAUGUGACUUGAUCGUCUUGGUCUGCUGAGGAAGAGUUGUGCUGAAUAGUCGAGCGGGAGUCGCUGUUGAUGAUGAGGCCAGGGCCCUCAGAGCCGGCCGAGCGGGGGCCCAGGACGCCAUGAUAUUCGUUAUCGAAUCUCGGAGUGUGAUUUUCUGGUUAUAUACGAGACAUUGGUCUUCAAUUGACGUCGAGGCGGGCGGAGAUUUUCGAGCGCGGAGUGCCCCCUUCGAGAUGCGCUGAUCGUCGACGAUAUCAAUGACCUUUUGGAGUUGAGAUUUUUGGACUGUCGUUGUU